AUGUCCGAAACACGCGACCCACGUACCCAUAGCGAGUCCAGCCUUGAGAAGGGCACGCACCCUCCUCAUCAAGAUGAGUUGGCGACAAACUCCACGACGAAAGAUGCGAGUCCAGUUAUCACCUCGACCCCUAAGAAGCAAGGUGCCAAAGCCUGGUUGUCGUUAGCUGCUGGUUUUAUGGGCAUGUUUGCUUCCUUUGGCUGGGUCAACUGCGUUGCCAUAUUUCAGGCCGAAUAUGAGAUGAACCAACUACGGGAUUAUUCGAGUUCCCAGGUAGGAUGGAUAUCCUCCGUGCUCUUUUUCUUCAUGCUCGGAGUGUCACCUGUAGCUGGACGACUGUAUGAUGGUUACGGACCGCGUCUUCCGAUCAUGAUCGGCUGCUUUUUCCAUGUCUUUGGCCUCAUGAUGACUAGUCUGGCAACUAGAUAUUAUCAAUUCAUAUUGAGUCAGUCGGUGUGUUCUGGGAUCGGAACAUCGUUGAUUAUCACUCCGGCCAUGACCGCGCCGACAACUUACUUCCACGAUCGCCGAGCAUUGGCUGGUGGAGUCACCAUUGCCGGUUCCUCUUUGGGUGGUGUCGUCUUCCCUUUCAUGGUGAACCAUCUGCUAUCAUCAAUCGGGUUUGCCUGGACCAUGCGUGCCUGCGCAUUUCUAAUUCUUGUUCUCAUGGUCAUCACAUACACGUUGAUUUCCUCAAAUGUAACACACAUCCCCAAGGAGUUCAAGCUCAAGAAUUAUCUGACCCCAUUGCGGGAAUGUAAUUUUCUACUCUUGUGCCUCGUCAGCUUCUUUAUGUAUUGGGGCAUGUUUAUUCCUUACGUUUACAUGGUGAUAUCCUCAAUCCACUAUGGCAUGUCGGUCCAGAUGGGAUAUAAUCUAAUUCCAAUCCUGAAUGGCAUUAGUUUUUUCGGUCGAAUCGUCCCCCAAUUUUGGGCACGCAAAUACGGGAUUUGCAACGUCUUUAUCCUCGCAAUGAUUGCAUCCAUGGUCAUCAUACUCGGCUCAUGGCUUCCCUCACGCAGCAACGCUGCUAUCAUCGUUUUCACCCUCCUGUUUGGCUUUGUGUCGGGUGCGACUAUUGGACUAGGGCCCAUGAUUGCCUUGACCAUAUCCCCACCCAACGAGGUCGGAUAUCGGAUGGGCACCGCGUUUGCAGUGGCUGGUCUGGGUGCAUUGACCAGUCCCCCAAUUGCCGGCGAACUAAUCACCGGGAACGGAGGCGACUAUGUGUAUGCAUCUGUGUUCAGCGGAGUAGCGUAUGCUGUGUCAACCCUGGUGAUGGUCAUACUACGUGUGCGCCUUGGAGGAUGGGGCUUGACUACCAAGGUAUAG